CAAACGAUCACAGUUCACCGCUGCUUGGUACACUGCUUGUUCAAACGAAGAUUUCCAUUUUGUAAAGUUAUUGUUUCAAUUUUCUGACAAAGUUAACUUGCUGUAUUCUAUCAACGCACAGUACCAAGAUAAAGACGCAAAGUAUCAGCAUCUGUACGGAAGAGUGUUGACUUUUCGAUAACGCCAUCACUGCGUGGAUUGUUUGUAACCAGCAAACUUCUCAUCGAACACAGCUUCGCGUCGAUAAGAUGGAGAAUACUCCGAAAAAACGUCACCUCGAAACGGUGGAAUCCAUCUUGACCAAAGAGGCCAUCACUAAAUCUGGCCGGAAGGUGAGACGACCGGCACAUCUGGACUCCCCGGAACGUUCGCCGGUUGCGCCGGUGGCCGAAGCUAAGAAAUCGGCUGUACGGAAAACCAAAGAUGUUCUUGAUGCUGUUGGUAGCCCAGCUAAAGCCACAUCUGGGAAGAGCGCGUUGACGAAGGCGGAAGAUUCCUCCGACGAUGUGAAGGAAUCUCGCAAAACCGUCAACACGACCAGAAAAACAAUCAGCUCGCUCGCAGCUACGCCUAAAAAGAGCUUGAAGAACGAAAAAGCUACUGUGGACGACAGCGGUAUCUCGAAGUCAGGACGCAAGAUAAAGGUGCCGAGCAAGCUGAUCGAUUUUGAGAGUGAAAUUUUGCUAAGUCCUCGGAAGGCUUUGGAAGAGUCAAAAGGUGUGCUUCCGGCAUCUACCAAAACUCCCGGCCGUCCGUCGAGAUCUGCCAAAAAGCGAACGAUGAAUGAAGACUCCGGGCAGAAUUCGGAAGAGGAGACGGUACGAGCCCGUGACGGUCGUGGGAAGUCACUUACUGCAAAGGAAAGUGGCCGUUCCGCGUCUCGCAAAACAACUGUACGGGACGAUUCUGAUUCUGAAGCGACAUCUUCACGCACUGCAAGCCCUGCAACGGCCGCCCCUAAAACACCGGGACGAAGAGUCAAACCGGUAGCAUCGACCAUGACCGCAGCGUCUGAGCCGCAAAAGGAGGAGAUAAAUACCGCGAGUAUUAAAACGGGUCGUACGCCGGGUCGCCCAUCGACGAAGUCCGUAUCGAAAGUUAGCGCAAAUAAUCCAGAGGUGGUUGCAUCGCCGAAUCUGAGUCGUAAGACAAAACCAUCUUCAACCACCGAAAACGAAGCAGAUAAAGAUAAUACCACUGGAAAGAUAGGACGCACCCCGGGGCGUCCGGUAGGUAAAUCCUUAAUGAAGCAACGAGAGGAUAGCCCUGCACCAGCUUUAUUGAAACCGAAUCAGCCCAGGGGAAGAUCAUACGUACCGCCAAAAUUGGGCCCAGAAUCGGAAAACGAACCGAAGAAAGAUACAAUUCAAGCUAGCAAAACACCUGGUCGCACUCCUGGGCGACGUGCCGUUAAAUCUUUGAUGCCAACUGCCGUCACAGUUGAAGACAACGGGAUGUUAGCUGGGCAGAAAUUAUCGGAAGAUUCCAUCACUUCGACACACGAUACUCUGGCGGUGGCAUCUUUGUCGCGCUCUGGCAGGAAACUGAAACCGAAGAAAUUUUUUGAAAUUGAUCAGAUGGAAUCUUCCGGUAAACAACCCGUUCUUGACGGCAACGAUUCGAGCGAAGGCGGAAGAAAGCGAAAGGUAGACAGCGUUGACGAGUCGACUGAUGUUGGAGAAAUGAUGUCGCCGAGGAAAAAAAUGACUACCGAUAAACUUGCUUCUUCUUCUAAAUCACAGACCGACACGGAGAUUCCCAAGUUGGUCUUACAGAAUCCUGCUCGCAAAGAGGUGACCGACACUGAAAUUAGCACUACAGGUUUGGCAAUAACACCGUCGAAGCGCUCGCCAAAGGUGCAGCAAGUUUCACGCUCGGGAAGAAGGAUUAAGGUGAAACAAAUAAUUGGCUUCGAAUAUGACGGUGCCACUGAUCGACCGGAGGUUAAUGCAACGGACGUCGCACAGAGUAAACUUGUAAAGGCCACGUCAAACGAAGCACCCCCAGCGCCAGUCGAUGACGACAUUGAAGCUCACUUGGAUUCGUUUGUCACAAAACGGGGCGUAGAUGACCACCAUCAAAAGCAUCAUGUGUCCGUAACCGAUGAACCAGACCGAGCUGUAACAUCGGGUGGCACCUCUGAACCUCUGGAAUUGCCAACAUCUCUCGUUUCGGCUCGGACUGUAAAGAAAUCACUCGCAAAUGUUAACGAAUCGUCGGAAAAACAGAACAAUAAUAGCUCCUCACUAACAAGCCAAUCGGUGGGUGUUUCUGACACUACCUCUGCAGAGAAGACCGGAAGCAGCCGGUCGGGAAGAAAACUCAAACCGAAAAAGUUCUACGACGACGACGGCGAUGACGAAACAAACAAUAGCGUUGGUCAGGUUGUGAAGUCUAGAGCAGCGAAGGACACUAAAAAAUCCACCGCAAAUCUUCAGAGUGCGUCGACCCGCAUGGUAGAGGAACAUUCUGCAAUCGAUGUUGCCAAGAGACAUCCUCAAUCGCAUAUCGACAUGGACACGGGAGUCGAUGUUGCGGAAGGGCCCUCAACGGCAGCAUCACAAGUGGAGAAGAAAAAAUCGCCGAUUCCCGAAACGGAUGUACAACGAAAUAAUGAAAUAGUUGAAACGGAAUCGGAACACGAAGUAGCUAGUGACGUUGUCGAGGGUUCAGCUGGCACCAUCCCAGCCUCCGUUGGCGAGAAGUCGGUCGGUCAGCAUCCUAGAAUUGGCGAGAAACUCGAGCUUGAACAAACGUGCGAUGUAUCCUUGUCUAUGACUGAAUGUAAGAAGCCCUCUGAAGGCGAAGCCAUCUCCGGCAAUGUAUCAAAGGUUGAGCCAAUGGAGGAUAGCAAAACUCGCGAGGACAACUUGUUAAUUUCGGAUGCAGGUGGUGACGCCGAGCCACAGAAUGUUACUGCUAAUGUCAUCGCUUCUGUUGCACUGCCCACUAGUGCAACAAUUGGCAAGGAUACCCAAAAAGAAGUUGCCUUUAGCAUUCGACCGGAAAAAACGGCCAGUGGCAAUCGGCGCGCCCUCGAUAUUUCCGGUGAAGGUACUAUUGAUGAACUAAAGGUGGAAGAUGGGGAUCUGCUGGAAGAUUGCUCGCUCGGCGAAAUUGAAUAUUUAGAAGAUGAAGUACAGAACGUGGUGGAGCAUGUUAAGCAACCUCUAUCGACAGCUAGCUCGACCCACGAAGAAGUCCAUGGGAAUGAUGGUGGUGCGGUACCUGCGAUUAGGAUCAUACCGGAAACGCCGGCGUCCAAUGAAAAAGAAAAAUUGGAUGAAACUUUUGACGUCGCCAUCGACAUAACGGUUGACUCACCAAAAGUUGGAGAGCAGCAGUUGUCCAACCCCGUUCCGGAAGCAACAGCACCGCACACCCCUAGUUCUAUGGAAAGCAACAAAGACACGGACAACAAGUGUUCACCGGAUAAAGCUCCAGAGAUUAUCGAAAUAAUGGACAGUCCGGCGGCUAUGGCUUUCUGUCGGCAAAUCGAUGCUGCUGCAACCAUCGCACCGAAGGCUGGCGGUAGUGGAAGUGCCACCAGCACUCCGCUGGCAAUGAAGUUGGUACAAGACGGGGGCCCACUGAAGGAACGCGCCGUAACCAAGCUACUGCUGCAUGAAGGCCGUAAACGAUCCCUGUCGGCCAGUGAGGUUGAUACGACGAUCAAACGGAACGUUACUUUCCACAGUCCGGCAAACUCGACCAUACUGGUGAACGAAAUCGACGAGCGACUAGUGAUGAAGAGCUUCCAGCAGAAACAAGAGGAGACCGCGAAAUCCGCCACGAAACAGGCUGGCCCCCGCAAGCGUUCCAUGUCCGAGCACAAACCAACGGCGGGCGACGUGAAGCCAAGCAAGAUAUGCCGUAAGGUGCCGAACUUCAAGAACAUCCACGCCAACCAUUUCGAUCGGAUGGAAUCGAUUGCUGACUUCAUGAAGCGUAAGGAUCAACGAGCAAAGGAGAUCUUGACCACGGCCAGUCCUGCUACGAAAUUGCUCGCUCGUCCUGCUGCUGCAUUAGCAGUUAAACCAUCCGACGAAGGACCAGCAAAGGAAAAGAAAGCGCCGGCCGCACAAAAACCAUUUAUCUUUAAAGCCAGUGGAGGUAGUAUUCCUAUAUUUGGCAAACCGACAGCGGCAGCUGCCGCCGUGCCCCGUCAGCAACAAGCUCACCCGAAGGCCACCAACAUUGUGCGUCCGGUGUUGACUGCGGCUUCCAGAGUGGUUGUAGUGGGAGAGGGACCUAGGAAAAAAGUGGCGAACCAGAGUAGCAACACGAAUCGACUGCAGCAGUACCAGGCAGCAUUCAAAUCUAAACAGCAGGCAACAGGCACCGAAGUGUCGCAGUCGACGUCUGUAGCGGCGGUACCCGGAACGUCAUCCGCCCGUCCGAUAGAGCAGCUACGCUCGAAGCAGUCGAAGUUGUUGAAAGGCGUGCGCACAAACCGACGGUUCGAGUUGCAAAUGAAGCAUCGGGAUAAUCACCCGCAAACCUAAUUAGCCUCUCCGUUGGCACCCUGUGGGAACCCGACUUGGGAAAUUCAAAUGACAAUGUUCUGCCUUCUUAAAACACCAGCCCGGCAAGUGGUACAGCAAAACAGAAUGAUUUUUAUUAUAUUUGAAGUAUAACAUUUAUUCUUACUAUUAUUUUCCCCCCUACGUAGGGCAGUUUGGUUUCUUGUUCUAUACUAACAAUUAUUAACAUGGUAGUAUUUAAGCGUGUGAUAAAUGCUCCAGUUUAUUGAAUUUUUAACUAUAAAAAAUAAUAUGUAUCCUUACGACGAUAGUUGAUUUAUGGGGGCCAAA